AUGCUCAGCCAAGUGAUGCUCGUGUUAACAUUGCUGGGGGCAGCGGUGCGAGGCCAAGAGCGGAAAUGGGAAUUCCUGCAGCCGAGGCCAGUGGCCCAGGUCCAGGCCAGCCCAGCCACCGAAAACGCGUUCCCCGCGUGGUACCACAUGCCUCAGAAGCAGCAGCAGCACGCGCCCGCCUAUCCCUAUGAACGCCCGCCCAGCAACCAGCAGGUAGAGAGCUCAUUCCGUGGUUAUCCAACCUUCAACCGUCAACCACCAUCCCCACCCCAGCAGACCGCCUUCGAAACGCCACGCCGCCCAUUCCCGAGCACGGCCGACAUAGAUGACCGGACUGCUGUCGAAAAGUAUCACAAAUUAUUGCUGCGGAAACGAAAACCGGAGCCCGGGGCCACGUCUCGUCCAGGCCAUACUGUACCUCCUAAAUUACGACCACCAUCAGGGCACCGCCCCUCAACAAGCCUGCCACGCCCCGGAGAGCCGCUUGUAACUCCGGGCACUCAGAAUCUCACGAGAUUCCGUACCGUACGCCCGCUCGUAAAUAAAACACGAGAAAGGUUGCGCUUGAAAAAGAUCCAGACCGAGGCCACGGUCGAUCCCUUAGAAUCUUCAACACAAGAACGGACAACACAAGUUGUCAUGGAGAUCUAUCAAGGGACCACCGCGCCAUCAUUCCCUAUCACUAAGGAAUCCAGCCCUUGGCAUCGGCUUUCGUGGACAAGAAAAUCUGAAAAUAGGAACUUGACUACGACAACUACUACAGUCAGUCCUGUCACCCUUCGUCCACGGUUCAUCUGCAACAAGACCUUGACCAGCGAAGAGACCAAGGACCGAGAAAAACGGCCGCUUAUUGGCCCAUUCAAACCGGUCAGCCGAACUUCAGGCAACCUUAUCUGGCGACUCACCUCACCAGUGCCUCUGCUGCCCAGCCAAAAAGAAGUCGUGAAGCCGCCUACGCACUGGACCGUCUUCGAUUUCAUUUCUUGGCCGAACGCCGAGCUCUUCAACGCGAUCCGCGACGUCGUGAACAAGUUCAAGGCCUCGCUGGAUGAGUCGGGCCUCGACCAGGAUGUUCGACAGAUGGGCCGCCAGCUGCAGAACACGUGGCACCAACUGCGAGCAGGUCUUGAUCGCAGCUGGAACGCUUUGAGAUUAAGCGCCGAACAAUCGCUACACCCAACCGUCGUCCCGUACAGCCAUCAAGGACCCGGUGGCGUUAACGAGCAGCUCUCACAAAUGUUCGCUCGGUCGCAAUCCCAAGAUGCGCCAAAGAACAAACUC